AAUAGCGUCAUAAAAUUUAUUUAUUUUAAUUAGCAUAACUGCACGUGUAGAAAGGCGACUGUACAAAGGACUCGGACACUUCUGCCGUGACUUUGCUCCGGAGCCGGAGUGCCGCGUGGUCACAAUGCUCUCAACUCGGACUUGAGUAGAUGGGUUCUUGCGUGGCCGGGCUGCUGCUCUUUGGAAAUUUGCCCAUCACUUCUCUGCCGGCUGCCUAAUUAUUACAAAACGUACCUUCGUCUGAAAUAUAUUUUGAUAUUGUGGGAGUGAGUAGAUCCAUAUUAUUGUGACAACAUGGAAGUUGAUUCAAAGAAUACCGGUACUGAAGCCGUGAGACUGAAGAAGGAUAUUUCUUUGCUACAUGGAGUUUGCCUGAUAGUUGGAAAUAUGAUUGGAUCUGGCAUUUUUGUUUCUCCCAAAGGAGUUUUGAUAUCCACUGGUUCAUACGGUCUGUCGUUAAUUAUCUGGGCAGUGGGAGGAAUCUUCUCUGUGAUUGGAGCGCUGUGCUACGCAGAACUUGGAACAACGAUAAAGAAAUCAGGGGCAAGCUACUCCUACAUAUUGGAGUCCUUUGGAGGUUUUCUGGCAUUUCUGCGUCUCUGGACUUCUCUUCUGAUUGUUGAACCAGCAUGCCAAGCGGUUAUUGCUAUCACUUUUGCCAGUUACCUCAUAGAGCCAUUCUUUCCUUCCUGCGAGCCACCUUACUCUGCCGUGCGAUUGUUGGCUGCCUUCUGUAUAGUACUGUUGACAAUGGUGAACUGUGGCAGAGUGACAUGGGGAGCUUCUCUACAAGUGAUGUCCACUUUUGCAAAGGUGAUUGCCUUGAUCAUCAUCAUCGUGGCUGGCCUGAUAAAACUGUGUCAAGGAGAAACUGAUUCGUUCCAAAAUUCCUUUGAGGGCUCCAAGCUAAAUGGUGGAGAUAUGGCUCUCGCUCUGUACUCAGCAUUAUAUUCCUACUCAGGUUGGGACACGCUGAACUUUGUGACUGAAGAGAUACAUAACCCUGAAAGAAACCUGCCUUUAGCUAUCGCUAUUUCAAUGCCUAUUGUAACAGUUAUCUACCUUCUGACAAACGUGGCUUACUACACAGUCCUGGACAUUCCCACCAUCCUCCACAGUGAUGCUGUGGCUGUGACUUUUGCAGAGAUUGUUUUGGGUUACGUGAAGUGGCUCAUACCAUUGUCCGUGGCAAUAUCCUGUUACGGUGGCCUUAACUCAUCAAUCAUUGCAGCGUCCCGGCUUUACUUUGUUGCUUCAAGGGAAGGUCACCUACCAAAUGUUCUGUGCAUGGUCCAUGUUUUUAGAUGCACCCCCAUCCCAGCCUUGUGCUUUAAUGGAGGAAUGGCUUUAAUCUAUCUCUGCAUUGAAGAUAUUUACACGCUCAUCAAUUACUUCAGCUUUAACUACUGGCUCUUCAUUGGCCUCUCUGUUGCCAGCCAGAUUUACCUGAGAUGGAAAUUCCCAGAUCUACCAAGACCAGUGAAGCUCAGCUUGAUUUUCCCAAUUAUCUACUGCAUGUGCAGUUUGUUUCUGGUGGUGACUCCUCUCUUCAGUGACACCAUAAACUCCCUCGUUGGAAUUGCAGUCGCACUCUCUGGAGCUCCAGUCUACUUCUUCUGUGUUUACCUCCCACCUGAAAAGCAACCCAAGUGCAUAGAAAAGCUUUUACGUAUCCUUUCUUUGUACACGCAGAAGUUAGCACUGUGCUGUCUAACGGAAAAUGAAUUUGAAGAGAAAGAUAUUUAACAAGAAACAACCAAAGAACUGUCCAGAACUGUGGCACCACAAGUUGUUUACACAAAUGCCAAUCUCUCACACUAUUAAAACUCUGAAUCCUGCCUUGUUGAUUAUCAAAAUGCUGGAGUCUCCUCUAUAUCCAGAAGAUUGAAUUUUUUUCUUUUGGAAAAGCAGUUUUAAUUUAAAAAGAUGCUUUAUUUUCCUGCUUCCUUUUAGAAAUAAUAGUCUCGUUGUAAAUGUUGGUGCUUGUGUUUGUCAAUGCCCACUUUCAUUCUGUGAUGGAGAGAGUUAAUUUAGGUUACUCUGUGCUGUCUAUUGAGCCAUUAUGAUUUAUGUCACAGGAGAUGUUUUUAAUUUAUUAGCUUCCUGUGAUGUGAAUGUUGUCAGCAGGGCUGCUGGACUUCUGGUGAAAAUGCUCCCACAAAGCUGUUGGGGAGGAAGUUCCAGAUUUAGACCCAGAAGUGAUAAUGGACCAGCAAUAUAAGUCUUGGAGGUGAACCUGCAAGUUUUGCUGCUGACGAUGUUCAUCCACCUUGCCAAUUGUCAUGUAUAAAUUCUACAGAGUACAACAUGAUCUGUUGUCAUAAGCUCUGGUAUAACCCCUCCUACACUUUAUAACAUUGCACUCCUUGUUUAACAUUGAGCUCCUCCAGUUUAUUUUGCAGCAACUCCCUUAAGUACUACCUUUACUAAUUCAGAAACCCUUAAAAAUUCACUUUUUUUUUUAACACAUAGAAAGGCAAACUCGUGGCAAGCAAUUUUCCUUGUUUAAAAUGCUUGAUUUUUCCCAUGAAGAAAUUCAGCCUGGAGUUAAUCUUUCCAGAUGCUGACACUGCAUCAGUCCACACCACAAACUCCUGAAAUCUUUGUUGUGUAACUGCCUCUGUUAGAAAGUGCCAGAGCAGGUAAUUUCUGAAAUAGCAGAAAUAUUUGGUCAGUCAGUAUUCAACCAAGCAAAAUCCGGAGAACCAAAAGUCCAUAACGAAGAUGUGACCAGUGUGUGUAAUGUAUUCCAAAAAAAUGUGCAUUUCUGUUUUGUUAAUAAUUGAAGGAAUAGAAUCGAAAAAUCUGUUUUUUAAAAAAAAAUGAAAAAGAUCUUAAGGUUAAAUUUGUAAGCAAAAUUGAAUGUUUUUAAAUUCUGCCACAUACAAGGGUUUGAUCCUGUUUUUACCUUUUAACAUGUACACACAGACUUGCCAGCAGGAUUCACUGGGCUAAUGAGAUAAAGAAGGUUUGUUGCUUUUUUCUUGGUUGUGUAGACUGACACGCUGACAAUGGUUGGUUAAUUUUACAGUUAAUUAUGCACAGUUACUGAGGUUAAACUGAAGAAAAAAAAUAUGUGUAGAACCAUCCUUCACUAUUGGAAUCUGUUGUCCAUAUCUGGCUUUUGUUGGGGAAAGAUUACAUUAGUUUAUUUGAUUGAACUCUCUUUUCCCCCACUCUUUAAAUUGAUGUUUUGUAAGUAAAUCAUGUUUAUUUGCAGUACAGUUGCUAUUUUCUGUGAGCCUAAACUCCUUUCCUGGCACACCCCAGCUCAUGUUUCUUCAAUAGAGUUUUUUCAGCUCUGUUCCAGUGACACGGACCUGCUGAUGUUGUACUAUGACGAUACCUAUUUAUUGUCACAUCAUAAAAAAAUAUACAAAAUACUAUUUGUCACAUCCAGCUUUGCAUAUGAUGGGACCUGUAUUUACGUAUGGAGGCUUCAGAUGUCCUUUGCACCGGGCUUUUUAGAUCCCCAAAAUUUUUUACAAUGGGAAACAAAGCCCAAGUAGUAAUGGACUACUUCAGCUUAGUUCAGUGAGCCUUGAGUCUUGAGGAACCUCAGAUUUAUUAACUCAUAAACAAGAUGAACAAUCACAUAAUUCCUUGAGGACAUUGUUGCUAUAAUCCUCCUUUGUAUCUAAGCUGUUCACAGAUUUGUGCAUCUCCUGUGAUGUUCAUGCCACAGAUAACAGAAGCCUGUUAUUCAGUAUGAAUUGUUACUCAUGGGAAGUUAUGUAAAGAAGUCUUUCGACCAGAUAGGCUAUUAAUUUACUGUCUGUUCACAUUGCAAAUGCGCAGCUGAUACACAGUGGAGAAAUGACUCUCAUGUAAUUCGUUAUUGAGGUACUGCUGUCAUACACCACCUGCCUCCCCACUUCCCCAGUCACUCCACUUUCACCACUACUCUCUACACUACCUCUAAUUCCCGUAGAAGUAGUGAUGUUAGAAGUUGGUUUUGCUGGCCUAAUGACAAUGAACCACAAAUCAGUUUUGAUGGUUGUCCAGUUGAUACCACCUUGGUUAAAUCAAAUGUUUGGUUUCGCAGAGCAACUUUGGUGAUGCUUGUCUCACUGUGUAAGUUCAGUUGAACCACAAGACGUUUUGAUUCACCUGCCCUAUCAUCAGCAGUAAGGUAGGGAAGACUGGGAGUAUUAAGUCUGACUUCAUUGGCUUCUGGCCAGUUAGGAUAUCUCUCAUCUGAUGACGAGCUGCACAUGUACUGACAUAUGUUUGACGGGGGAAUUGAGUGGAACUGGUGUUCACAAUCUAGUCUUACAACAUAGAGCAGGGAUUCCUAACUUGGUUGUAGGUAACUUCACAAACAUGCAUGGUCUCUCUUGUAUUUUAUUUUACUUUAAUGUAUACAAAAUCUAAUGCGUAAAUCAUUUGCAGUUUAUAAGAUUGGAAACUUAUUGCCUGUUAAUUGUUUUAUUGUUGGCUAUAAAGUUGUAUUUGUCGUAAAGUCUUACCAGUUUAUGGAUGAUUAUAAAAUGUUUUUGAUGAAUUUGGUGUACAGAUCAUUUUUAUAGACAUACAAAUUCUAGAAUAAUUCAGUUCCAUAAUAUGUAGAGCAUAGAAAUAUUACAAAUAUUAACUAAAAAGUUUAUUUAUUUAUUGAGAUAUAGCAUGGAAUAGGCCCUUCCAGCCUUUGGAGUCACACUGCCAAGCAAUUCCCCGAUUUUAAUCCUAGCCUAGUCACGGGACAACUUACAAUAACCAAUUAACCUACCAACCGGUAGGGCUUUGGACUGUGGGACGAAAUUGGAGCACCUGGAGAAAACUCACAGGGAGAGUGUACAAACUCAUUACAGGCACAGCGGCUGGAAUUGAACUCGGGUUGCCUGUACUAUAAAGCUUUGCACUUACCACUACAGUACCGUGCCACCUCACAGCAAGUAUAGUCUUAAAUCCUAAUUUUUUACUGUCUUAGAGGUCCUUUCAGAAGUAUGAAUGUGGAAUAUCAUCUUUCUUGUAAGAAUUUGGAAUUACUGCAGUCACAAAAUAUUGGAGUAAUGCAAUGGGUUCAGAAUUGUUUAUAUUAGUAACUGCUGCUUGAAGGAUGGUGAUUGCAGAAAUGGUGAUUAUUCUCUAAAUUACCUGAAUAGACCGGAAAGUUUAUUACAUGAUGUUUUGAUGGUUAUAUGAUGUUUCAGUUUUGAGUCAAAUGAAUCUUUAAACAUGUACACAACAGUGUAAAAUCUUAAGUA